CGUUUGCUUAGCAGCUAGUAAUCAUUAAAAAGCUUUAUUUAAAAAGCGAGCUUACGUCGAAACGCCUUGUGCACCUGUAGCAAUUCUAACCAAUCAAAUCAAAGAACUCGUCUCUAUGGAAACCGCGGAACGCAAAAGCAGGAAAAGCGAAGAAGCGCAACGGAAAUCCAGAUUGUAUUAAGAUGGCAGGUACGGCAAGGCAUGAUCGAGAGAUGGCAAUAAAUGCGAAAAAGAAGCUGGCGGAGUGUACAGACCCCAUUGAGCGCCUGAGGCUGCAGUGUUUGGCACGAGGCCCCUCGGGCAUCAAGGGACUGGGCAGGACUUUUAGAAUCAUGGAUGAUGACAACAACCGCACACUGGACCAGAAAGAAUUCCUGAAAGGGCUGAAUGACUACGGGGUGCUUAUAGAGAAAGAGGAGGCCAUCAAUCUCUUUCACCGCUUUGAUAAGGAUGGCAGUGGAUUCAUUGAUUUUGAUGAGUUCCUCAUCACACUAAGGCCGCCUAUGUCUAAUGCAAGAAAGGAAGUUGUGUUACAAGCGUUUAAAAAGUUGGAUAAGACCGGAGAUGGCGUAAUUACAGUUGAGGAUCUGAGAGGAGUGUACACUGCUAAAUACCACCCCAAAUAUCAGAACGGCGAAUGGACUGAGGAGCAAGUAUUCCGUAAAUUCCUGGACAGUUUCGAUUCUCCAAACGACAAGGAUGGGAAGGUCACAAAAGAGGAGUUUUUGAAUUACUACUCUGGUGUGAGUGCCUCCAUUGAUACAGACGUCUACUUUAUAGUAAUGAUGAGAAACGCAUGGAAGAUUGACUAAACUUCUACAUCUGUUUUAGGGUAACAAAAGAUGAAUUCUGGAACUACUAUAGUGGAGUCAGCGCCUCUAUCGAUAGUGAUGUGUAUUUUAUUUUAAUGAUGAAGAAUGCAUGGAAGCUAUGAGUGUUUAUGCUUUUAAAAAGGUUUAUGAUUUUUUUAAUUAUUGAGACUGUAUUCUGAUACCUGUGAAAUUUAAGGUUACAGUACGGUUGUAGAGUGAAACUAUAAUUUGAAAGGAUGAGCAAUACAAACACUGUAGAAAUAUGAAUAGUUUAAAUUAUGUGUUAUUGAUAACAAUGUUUAGUGUAAAAUGCCUUGCAUGUUGAAUGCUUUUGCUAAAACUAGUGUGAUGUUGUCUUGUGAUUCACAAAGAUAGAUAUGCAAAUAGUUAUGACAGAUUUUAUUUAUAGGCUAUAGUUAUACAUUUUGCAAGUUAAGUCACAUGCGUACUAAAUAGAAUUUAAAUCGUACAAAUAUAUUCUACUUUCAUGCAAGUUUGAAGGGCUUAUACAGAUGUAAUAUAGUAUAAUUAAUGCAAAAUAUUAAAUACUUUGAUUGCUUAA